AGAAUAUUUUAGUUUAUUCAAUUUUUUUUAUGUCUAAGCCGAAUAGUGCUCUCCCUCCCCUGCUAACACAUCCCAAGCAACACUUCACACAUUUACAUUCGCGCACAGCCGCCGCCCCGCCCCACUUCACUGGGCUUACGUCCCUCGUGACGCCGCUGCUGCUCUCAAUCGUUCUGCUGCUUCUUCUCCUCUGUCCUGCUCAAGCACUUCACUGGUGCUCCUCCAUCAGCUGCUGCUCUCUCUCGAUACUGUCCUCCUUGCCGCUGUCGUCCUCCUUCAAUCGCCGCUGCUUCUGUCUUCUAAAGUCACGACGCAGCUUCAGCCAUGUCGGUCCUUUCGAGAGACCUCAUUCCUCGUUUCCACCGGCUUCUUACACUUGGUACUAAGACAACAUCAGUAGCAGCAAAACCAACAACGUUCUACUUGCUUAGGAUGUUCAGCACUGACUCUUUAAUGGAUGGGUUCGAGAUUGAAAACCAAGGGGCUCGGAUCAUUGAAGCAAAGCCCAGCAUCAUGACCCCUAGUUCUAAGCGAACUGGAGUUAUUGCUCUCAAGUGUGGAAUGACUGCUAUUUGGGAUAAAUGGGGCCAAAGGAUUCCCGUUACUGUACUUCGGGUAGACGAUAACAUCGUUACUCAGGUCAAGACAGUUGAGAAGGAAGGCCAUUUUGCCUUACAGAUUGGUUAUGGGUCGAAGAAGGCAAAACAUUUGACGAAGCCUGAAAUGGGUCAUUUCAGAGCUCAGAAUGUUCCAUUGAAAAGGAAAUUGAGGGAGUUCCGUGUGACAGAAGAUGCACUUAUCCCUGUUGGUACUUCCAUUGGGGUUCGCCAUUUUGUUCCGGGUCAAUUCAUUGAUGUCACAGGAAUUACCAGAGGAAAAGGGUUUCAGGGUGGUAUGAAAAGACAUGGGUUUAAAGGAAUGCCAGCAAGUCAUGGUGCAUCAUUGUCACAUCGAAGUAUUGGUUCUACUGGUCAAAGGGAUGCUCCUGGUAAGGUAUUUAAAGGCAAGAAGAUGCCUGGGCGCAUGGGUGGGGAUCAGGCAACAGUUAAAAAUGUAUGGGUCUACAAAAUACAUCCAGCAAGGAAUUUGAUAUGGGUGAGAGGCCAGGUUCCCGGUGCCGAAGGAAACUUUGUGUUUCUAAAAGAUGCUGUUUACAAGAAACCUGAUAUUUCAUCACUUCCAUUCCCUACCCACUUUGCAACAGAAGAUGAGGAUACGUCAGAACCCGUAAUUGCUGAACUUGGAGAUGUAGAUCCAUUCAUGGCUGCAGAUUAGUUAUUAGGCUUAAUUGCAUUGCAGACAUGACUUUUUUACAUUGAAUACAGAUAAUAACAUCACAGGCUGUCUUCUGAGCAAUCUGCUGAGGCUUUCAGUCCAGUUAUUCUUGUUGGAAGGGAAUGUAAUUUUGUUAUUUUCAUUUAAAUUUUGCGAGUUAAAAUGGCCAACCAUGAUUAAUCUCGGAACAGAGUUUCAAACAAGGGAUCUUGGAUUUUGAGCUGUUGGUUAGCAUCGAUGGUAAAAUUGUUACGGAUUCAUUGUUUGGGACUCUUGCAUGUGAAUGUUAAUACGUUGUGUUAUCUAUUCAUUUAUUUCA